AGACUGGUAAACGUUGUGCUUAAACUGGUGCUCUUGUGUGUUUUGUUUUGUUUGAAUGCAGAGCACAGACAUGGCCACGCAGGUGAUGGGGCAGUCUUCCGGAGGAGGAGGGCUGUUCACCGGCAGUGGCCCCAUGGGCAUGGCCUUGCCAAAUGACAUGUACGACUUGCCCGACCUCUCUCGAGCUGAACUGGCUGCGCCUCAGCUCAUCAUGUUGGCAAACGUGGCCUUAACUGGGGAAGUAAAUGGCGGCUGCUGUGAUUAUGUGGUUGGCGAAGAAAGACAGAUGGCAGAGUUGAUGCCUGUUGGGGACAGCAACUUCUCAGAUAGUGACGGAGAAGGACUCGAGGAGUCUCCUGAGGCGAAAGGCGAACCCAGGGGGCUGGAGAAGAUGGAACUGGAAAGUUUGGAACUCAGCGUGGUCCAGCCACGGCCUGUGUUCGAGGCGUCAGCUGCCUCAGAAACGCACAGCUCCAGCAAAGACCUUCCUCAGGAGACCCCCGCGGCAGAGGAGAAGUGCAGGAACGUGAAGACCAAACCCUUCCGCUGUAAACCGUGCCAGUACGAAGCGGAAUCUGAGGAGCAGUUUGUGCAUCACAUCCGAGUUCAUAGCGCCAAGAAAUUCUUUGUGGAGGAGAGCGCAGAGAAGCAAGCGAAAGCCCGGGAAUCCGGCUCUUCUCCCGGGGAGGAGGGCGAUUUCUCCAAGGGCCCCAUCCGCUGUGACCGCUGUGGCUACAACACCAAUCGCUAUGAUCACUACACUGCUCACCUGAAGCAUCACAGCCGAGCCGGGGACAGUGAGCGCGUCUACAAGUGCAUCAUAUGCACGUACACCACCGUGAGCGAGUAUCACUGGAGGAAGCACCUGAGAAACCACUUUCCAAGGAAGGUUUACACGUGCGGGAAAUGCAACUACUUUUCAGACAGGAAAAACAAUUAUGUUCAGCAUGUUCGAACUCAUACAGGUGAACGUCCAUAUAAAUGUGAACUUUGUCCUUACUCAAGUUCUCAGAAGACCCAUUUAACCAGGCAUAUGCGUACUCAUUCAGGUGAGAAGCCAUUUAAGUGUGACCAGUGCAGUUAUGUGGCCUCUAAUCAGCAUGAAGUAACCCGCCACGCAAGACAGGUUCACAACGGGCCCAAACCUCUAAACUGCCCCCACUGUGACUACAAAACAGCAGACAGAAGUAACUUCAAAAAACACGUGGAGCUGCAUGUGAAUCCACGGCAGUUCAACUGCCCUGUGUGUGACUAUGCAGCUUCCAAGAAGUGUAAUCUGCAGUAUCAUUUCAAAUCUAAGCAUCCUACUUGUCCUAAUAAAACCAUGGAUGUCUCAAAGGUGAAACUAAAGAAAACCAAGAAGCGAGAGGCUGACUUGCCUGAUAACAAAAUCACCAGUGAGAAACCAGAAACAGAGCAGGCAAAAGUAAAGGGGGAUGUGACUGGGAAGAAAAACGAGAGGUCUGUAAAAGUGGAGAAGAAAGAGAACGUUUCAAGAGAGAAGCGGCCUUGUAGUAAUGCCUCAAGCCAGGUGACCACCAGAACUCGCAAAUCGGCCAUGGAAGCUAAAGAAGUGGAUGUGUCCUCAGGAAACAAUUCAGAAAAGAGCUGCAAAAGCAAAAAAAGCAAAAGGAAGGUGGAAGCUGAAGCCCAGUCCUUACAAGAGCCUGUUAAUGAUGAGGAACCUGUGACUAAAAAGAAAAAGAAGGCAGAAAGCAAAUCCAAAAAUAGUCAGGAAGUGCCAAAGGGUGACAGCAAAGUAGAGGAGAAUAAAAAGCAAAACAUUUGCUUGAAAAACAAGAGGAAAACCGUGAGAAGUAAACCAUGUAAGAAAAGCAGCCAGCCUGCUCAGAGGAGGCCCGCUCAGAUGGAGUCUGCUCAGGUGGGGUGUGUUCAGACGGAGCCGCCCCCUCCUCCUCCCCCUUCCCCUCCCCCUCCCCCUCCUGUGGGGGGUGUUGAGGUCGAGGUUGUGCAGAAGGGGCCUGUUCAGAUGGAGCCAUCUCCUCCCCUGGGGCCUGUUCAGGUGACCCCUGUUCAGAUGGAGCCUCCUCCUCCCCUGGAGGCUGUUCAGGUGACCCCUGUUCAGAUGGAGCUGCCUCCUCCCUUGGAGGCUGUUCAGGUGACCCCUGUUCAGAUGGAGCCGCCUCCUCCCCUGGAGCCUGUUCAGGUGACCCCUGUUCAGAUGGAGCCUCCUCCUCCCCUUCCCCCUCCUCCCUUUCCCCCUCCUCCCCCAGAGCCUGCUCAGGUGGGGUCUGUUCAGACAGAGCCUCCUCCUCCUCCUCCCCCUCCCCCUCCCCCUGUGGGGGAUGCUGAGAUGGAGGUGGUUCAGACGGGGUCUGUUCAGACAGAGCCUCCUCCUCCCAUGGAGCCGAUCCCCAGAAGGUCUCCUCGCAAAGAUCAUAGAAAGGAGAAGUCCAGCAUGCUGAGUGAAAGGGCGCGGAAGGAGCAGGUCCUUAUUGAGGUCGGCUUAGUGCCUGUUAAAGACACGCAGCGUCUGAAAGAAAGUGCCUGUGCCCAGGGUCUCUCCCCACCAUCACCACCCCUGCCAAAGGAACACUUAAAUGGGGAGGAAUCGAAAGACCAAAAUUUGUUCCCUGCAGGCGAAGUAACUAAAGAAGCCCCUCUUCAAAAAGCGGGAGCAGAAGAGGCAGAUAAGAGUCUAGCUGGUCUUGCUGCUGUUAUCAAGGCAUCUGCCAACACUUCAUCCUCUGAACAAAACUUGAAUGUGCCAGAGGGUGAAACUUCGGAGGAUAAACGUCAGGCCGAAGCUAUGCUCUGUGAAAUGGAGGUGGACGCUGACGAGAAGAAAGCAGAGAAUUUCCCCAGCAGAGACUCGGCCGUUGAAGAACCAGCUUCACCACCACUUCCUGCUCUGCCGCUAGAAAGACAUGAAGCCGUGUCCACAGCGGCUGUGGCAUCCCUGCCUGGCACCGUGGCAGCACACGAGUCUCAGGAAAUGGAUGAAGACGAAGGCAUCCACAGUCACGAUGGGAGCGACCUGAGUGACAACACGUCAGAGGAUAGUGACGAUUCUGGGUUGAACGGGGCUCGGCCAGUCCCACAGGACACCAGUGGGAAAGAUGGAAAGGAGGCCUUGGCUGUCAGAGUGGCCGAGGGAGAUUUCGUUUGUAUCUUCUGUGAUCGUUCUUUUCGAAAGGAAAAAGAUUACAGCAAACAUCUCAAUCGCCAUCUGGUUAACGUGUACUUCCUUGAAAAGGCAGCUCAAGGGCAGGAGUGAUGACACUGGUCAAGGCUUCAGUUCUUAGUGGAUAAGGUCUCUGACAUUUUAUAUUCAUUUGCAGUAGUAGACAGCCUUUUGUUUUUAAAAUUAAUUACUGUUCAGUCUUGAUUUUUAAGUGGCACUCUUUUUCUUGGACUCCGUGUACCAACUUAUGUACACAUUUUAGUAAAUCCAAGGGAGUUACUGUAGCAGACAUCUAAAUCUCUAAGCUUUUUUUUUUUUAAUUUGUUUUUGCAUUUAAUUGAACUAAGGAGGCCAAGGUGGUAUUAGAGCAUUCUAUCAACUUGUUCAGCUAUAACUUACCAGUUUUUUCCUCAUGUCUGUCUUCCUAUUUCACUUUAGUUUAUUCUUUGUUUAUAGCCCUAUAAAAAUUGGCUUACUUAAAUAGCAAAUUACUUGAAGAAUUUGCCUGCUUUAUAUCAAGUUAGCACUUUAAAUUGUUCUAGCGAUAAGAAGAGAGACAUUGAAUUUGAAGAGAAAUUCUCCCAACAAUGGAUGUUCUAUCAAUCCAGGUAUUUACCUUCCUGAUUUUUGAUCA